AUGGCGGAGCACUCCCAAGAUACCUCUCUUGGUUCUGAAAAGGUCGAGUCAAAAGUGGGCCUGGUGGGUAUGGAAAUCUGUAUAGUCGGGUAUGGAAUAAAUACUGCUGCAUUGAGUACUGCUCUUUUCAACAGUGGCUUGAGCUGUGGAGCCUGUUCUGAGAUUAAAUGCCAACACUUUGAUCUUUCUCAGCCUGUCUUCCAACGCAUUGCUCAGUACAAAGCUGGAAUAGUCCCAGUUCAAUAUAGAAGUUAUUACAAGGAUUGGAAGACAGGUGGAAUUAGAUUCACAAUAAAUGGGCACUCAUACGUUAAUCUAGUGCUCAUAACCAAUGUGGGUGGAGCUGGUGAUGUGUGCAUGAAUGUGAGUAAUGGAUACGAUUUUGGCAGUGAUGCAAGGAAGCUUUGCACCUGCUAA